GUGACCCGGGUGGGAAAGCCCUCCGCGUCCGCCAUUUUGGCUGCCUCUGUCGGUCUGUUCAGUUACCACGUGAACCGCCGACGGAGACCCGUUGGGAGGGGGGAGGCGGCGGCAGCGUUAAGUGAGAAAGGAAAAUAGAAGAGGGAAAAGGGGUGUCCGGCCAGGGUGACGCGGCGACACCCAAGGCCUAGGGGCAGCGGCGGAUCGGGGUAUUCAAGGCUGAAGCAGCCAGGGAACGGCGGCGGCGGCAGCAGUCAGACAAACAGACUGACCCAGCCGGGUGGUGGCGGGAGCAGCGGGAGGAGCCGGAACGAUGCCGGCCGUGAGCCUCCCGCCCAAGGAGAACGCGCUCUUCAAGCGGAUCUUGAGAUGUUAUGAACAUAAGCAGUAUAGAAAUGGACUGAAGUUCUGUAAACAAAUCCUGUCUAACCCCAAAUUUGCAGAGCAUGGAGAAACUCUGGCUAUGAAAGGAUUAACACUGAACUGUUUGGGGAAAAAGGAAGAAGCUUAUGAAUUGGUUCGAAGAGGUUUAAGAAAUGACUUGAAGAGUCAUGUGUGUUGGCAUGUUUAUGGCCUUCUCCAAAGAUCAGAUAAGAAGUAUGAUGAAGCCAUUAAGUGUUACAGAAAUGCGCUAAAAUGGGAUAAAGACAAUCUUCAAAUCUUAAGGGACCUUUCUUUACUACAGAUUCAGAUGCGAGAUCUUGAGGGUUACAGGGAAACGAGAUACCAAUUACUUCAGCUUCGACCUGCACAGAGAGCAUCAUGGAUUGGCUAUGCUAUUGCUUAUCAUUUAUUAGAAGAUUAUGAAAUGGCAGCAAAAAUUUUGGAAGAAUUUAGGAAAACACAACAGACAUCCCCUGAUAAAGUGGAUUAUGAAUAUAGUGAACUCCUUUUAUAUCAGAAUCAAGUUCUUCGGGAAGCAGGCCUUUAUAGAGAAGCCCUGGAACAUCUUUGUACCUAUGAAAAACAAAUUUGUGAUAAACUUGCUGUAGAAGAAACCAAAGGAGAACUUCUGUUGCAAUUAUGUCGUUUGGAAGAUGCUGCUGAUGUUUAUAGAGGAUUACAAGAGAGAAAUCCUGAGAACUGGGCUUAUUAUAAAGGCUUGGAAAAUGCACUCAAGCCAGCUAAUAUGUUAGAAAGGCUAAAAAUUUAUGAGGAGGCCUGGACUAAAUAUCCUAGGGGACUGGUGCCAAGAAGACUGCCAUUAAACUUUUUAUCCGGUGAGAAGUUUAAGGAGUGUUUGGAUAAGUUCCUAAGGAUGAAUUUCAGCAAAGGUUGUCCACCAGUCUUCAAUACUUUGAGAUCAUUAUACAAAGAUAAAGAAAAGGUGGCAAUCAUAGAAGAAUUAGUAGUAGGUUAUGAAACGUCUCUAAAAAGCUGCCGGUUGUUUAACCCCAAUGAUGAUGGAAAAGAGGAGCCACCAACCACAUUACUUUGGGUUCAGUACUACUUGGCACAACAUUAUGACAGAAUUGGUCAGCCAUCUAUCGCUCUGGAAUACAUAAACACAGCUAUUGAAAGUACACCUACGUUGAUAGAACUGUUUCUUGUGAAAGCUAAAAUCUAUAAGCAUGCUGGGAAUAUUAAAGAAGCUGCAAGGUGGAUGGAUGAGGCUCAGGCCUUGGACACAGCAGACAGAUUUAUCAACUCCAAGUGUGCAAAAUAUAUGCUAAAAGCCAAUCUGAUUAAAGAAGCUGAAGAAAUGUGCUCAAAGUUUACAAGGGAAGGAACAUCAGCUGUAGAGAAUUUGAAUGAAAUGCAGUGCAUGUGGUUCCAGACAGAAUGUGCCCAGGCUUAUAAGACAAUGAGUAAAUUUGGUGAAGCACUUAAGAAAUGUCAUGAGAUUGAGAGACAUUUUAUAGAAAUCACUGAUGACCAGUUUGACUUUCAUACAUACUGUAUGAGGAAGAUUACCCUUAGAUCUUAUGUGGACUUAUUAAAACUAGAAGAUGUACUUCGACAGCAUCCAUUUUAUUUCAAGGCAGCAAGAAUUGCUAUAGAGAUCUAUUUGAAGCUUCAUGACAACCCCCUUACAGAUGAGAAUAAAGAACAUGAAGCUGAUACAGCAAACAUGUCUGAUAAAGAGCUAAAGAAGCUACGUAAUAAACAGAGAAGAGCUCAAAAGAAAGCCCAGAUAGAAGAAGAGAAAAAAAAUGCAGAAAAAGAAAAGCAACAGAGAAACCAGAAAAAGAAGAAAGAUGAUGAUGAUGAGGAAAUUGGAGGUCCAAAAGAGGAACUUAUUCCUGAGAAACUGGCCAAGGUUGAAACUCCAUUGGAAGAAGCUAUUAAAUUUUUAACACCGUUGAAGAACUUGGUGAAGAACAGGAUAGAAACUCAUCUUUUUGCCUUUGAGAUUUACUUUAGAAAAGAAAAGUUUCUUUUGAUGCUUCAAUCAGUAAAGAGGGCGUUUGCUAUUGAUUCUAGUCAUCCCUGGCUUCAUGAGUGUAUGAUUCGCCUCUUUAGCACUGCAGUUUGUGAAAGUAAAGAUUUACCUGAUACAGUUAGGACAGUAUUAAAACAAGAAAUGAAUCGUCUUUUUGGAGCAACAAAUCCAAAGAAUUUUAAUGAAACUUUUCUGAAAAGGAAUUCUGAUUCAUUGCCACACAGAUUAUCAGCUGCCAAAAUGGUGUAUUAUUUAGAUCCUUCUAGUCAGAAGCGAGCUAUAGAAUUGGCAACAACACUUGACGAAUCCCUCAAUAACAGAAACCUCCAGACAUGUAUGGAGGUAUUGGAAGCCUUGUGUGAUGGUAGCCUAGGAGACUGUAAAGAAGCUGCUGAAGUUUAUAGAGCAAAUUGUCAUAAGCUUUUCCCUUAUGCUUUGGCUUUCAUGCCUCCUGGAUAUGAAGAGGAUAUGAAGAUCACAGUUAAUGGAGAUAGUUCUGCAGAAACUGAAGAACUGGCCAAUGAGAUUUGAACAUCUUAAAUAAGCAAAUGGAAUGACUUUGGACCAUAUCUAGUGUACAAUAUUUUUGUCACGCACCUGCUGCAUUGCUCUAACUUACACAGAAUGAGAGGAGUAAAUGUUCUUGCCUUCAAAUAGUGUUUUACUUUUUUUAUCCUGCUGAAAAAGUAUAUAUAAAAUAUCUAACAUAUUACAGGAUAUAGGUUCAGUUUCUUAAAAAAUUAAAAGCUGCUAAAAUUGAGAGGUUAAAAAAAAAAUACCUUAUCCUAUUCCUACCUACCCAUCCAUGUUUUUAAACUAAUUUAUAUAAAAUCUGGAGGCUGUUAACAGCUAACAAAGCAGGUGUGUGGCGGAAAUAUUACUUUAAAUUUGUCUUGUGAGAUUUUACUAUAUCUCAGACAGCAUAAAUGCUGUUUUAGCACUGGAUUCUUUCACUGAGCACAAAGAGUUGUUGGGGCUUUAGCAUCUGACUGAUUUUGUUACGGGGUUGAUUCUGACCAUAGGAAGUAUGCAAUGUGAAUCACUAUUUACAGAGAAACCUACAACAGAUCUUUGAGUUGUAGAAACUGGGACAUAUGGAUACCAAGCAGAAUUACUGAGAAACCUAGAGGGUGUUCAAUAUGCUUGUUGUGUUUCCAAAAUUCACUGUACAUGAUCAGUUUGGUGUUCUUGUACCACAGUUUUUAACUGAAGGAACCAGUUGGAACAAUCUCAAUUUUAACGAAAACUUGAAGAAAUAAAAUAACAAUGCAAACCUUUUCAGCAUUGUUUUGGCCAAACUUGUUAAAACUGUAAUGCAAGAACCAAACGCACUGUGAUGUGGCACCAACUAAUUAGCAAGCAUGAAUUUUCACCCCAGAGUGAAAAAAGAAAAUCUACCACGGCUUGAAGUUAAAGAGCAGAACUCCUGACUACCAUUCUAUGACUGAUCAAGAGACUAAUAGUAAAAAACCUCAGCAGGCCUUGUUCACGAUAUGCAGAAAAAAAAGUGCUGCAGUUUAGAUACCUCUGGAAUUUUUCCACAGUGUCACAGGUUUGUAAUACUUGAAGCCCUACAUUUCUAAGAAUAUAUUUCUUGCUCAGUUGUUUCAAGCAAGCCCAAGACUUUGUAAUUUUUAAAGGGCCCAAGAUUUUUUUUUUCUUCCUCAAUAACAGACCAGCUU